UCUAAUUUACAAAAAUUCACUUCGGAGAAAUAUUUUCCCUUUUUUGUUACCCACGAUCUCGAAAUUUGAAUGAAAAUCAAAUCCCGCAAUUGAUGAGAACCCCAUCUCUCUCAACUCCUUCUAUUUAUACUCAAAAGCAAACCCCCAUUUCCAUCAAUUACUCCAAUGACCUAACGCACGAACUUGCUUCAAACAAAACGACCACCAACUGUUUGUGAAAAUGCCUCGACGAAGAAAACCCUCCAGACCCAAAACAAUUAAAAAGUGGGUCAAGAAAACAAACUGGUUGGACCUCCCUGCUGAUAUAACUGCAAAUAUACUCCACAGGUUGGGGGCAAUUGAGAUUCUUGAGAGUGCCCAGAAGGUCUGCACUGCGUGGCGUAGAAUCUGCAAAGACCCCGCUAUGUGGAGAGUCAUUGACAUGGAAAAUCCUGGGGAUUUGGUGGCUAUGCCUUUUGAUCUUGAGAAGAUGUGUCAGCAUGCUAUUGAUCGCAGCCAAGGCCAGCUUGUCGAUAUUAAUAUCGAGUAUUUUGGCACUGAUGAGUUGAUGGAGUACUUGGCUCAUGGUGGAAGAUCGAGUCAGCUCAAGCGUCUUAAAGUUUCAUGUUGCUAUGGCGUGAUAUAUGAAUCUUGGAGUGAAUUCUUAAAAAAGUCUCCUUUAUUGGAGGAAAUUGAACUUAACUUAACCGAUAUUUCAGAAGAUGCUGUUGCAAAUGCUGGUCAAUAUUGUCCUAUGCUUAAGAUAUUUAAACAUAACAACAGUGAUUAUAUGGCCUUCAACCAAGGAAAUGCGGAUUAUGCUGACAACUUUGUCAUGGCUAUUGCAAAAGGCAUGCCUCAAUUACACCACCUAGAAGUGAUUGGCAAUGCCAUGACGAAUAAGGGUCUAAAGGCCAUUCUAGAUGGCUGUCCUCAACUUGAGUCCCUUGAUCUACGUCGAUGCUUUUACAUCAAUCUUGAUGGGAGUUUUGGCAAGCUAUGUAUGGAACGAAUUAGAAAUUUGAAGCUCCCUCGUGACUCAUUGGAAGGCCACAAAUUUGCAUUUGACAGGAGUGAGGAUUAUCGUGCCAUGUAUGAUGACAUGUAUGCUGAUUAUGAUUAUGAUGAUGAUCCUGACCUUGAAGAUGAUGAAGACUAUGAAGGGCUGUCUGAUUAUGAUAUGUAUUCUGGUCCUUACUAUAAUCCUCUUAGAGACAUAUUUGAUGACCCAAAUCCAGGUGAAUUGUCCCCUUUCGAAGAAUAUGUGGCAGUAAUGCAUGCAAUGCACGCAAUUCAUAUGGAAAACUCAUCUGACUCGGAAAAUGAAACCACGGACAGUGAGAAGUCUCGUGAUUAGUAGAUAUAGUAUGUUUUGUUUACCAAAUGCUUUUCAAUUGAUGAUGUGCUGCCAGCUUUUUGGUUUUAUAAGAGCCAUAAAUCCAUUUUGGUAAUGACUGUAAUCAAAUUUCAAGCACAUCAUUUUGGUUUUGAGAGCAUGUAUUGAUAUUAUUUGCAUGUUUUGGGCAAAAAUACUCAUGUUAAUAUAACCUUUAAUCCACUGCACCUUAUGUUUGCUAUAUUCACACC